GUAACGCUCGCGCGCUCGGGCAGGAUGGACGUGUCCGAGGACAGACUGUACGAGGCUCAGACGCCGGACCGCUCCGACACCAACAGUCCGAGAUCGCAGAUGAGCAGCCCCAACUCCGCCUCCUCCAUCAACGUGACCGACCAAUCGAUAUCGCUGACGCAGCACCAACAGAACCUGGAGACUCUGAAUCGCAUGGGGCUGUUCUUCCACCAGCAAAUGCACCUGAACCAAAGCUUCGACGCCGUGAAGAGCCGCCUCGGCCUGACCCAGGGCGGCGUGAGCCACGGCCCGCGGCACACCAUAGACGCCAUCCUGGGCUUGAGCGGCAGACAGAGGGUCGCGGACUACGAGCCGCGGAGAGACGACCCUUGUGAUGCUGUGCCGGUGUCGCCCGGAGCCGUCGAGAGCGCCGGUGAAGGUUCCUGCAACAGUAACGAUGGGUUCCAACCGCCGGCGGAGGACAAGUCGGCCAGCGACGACGAAGCGCCCCGGCCGGGGUCCGCGGACAAGAAGAAGCAUCGCAGGAACAGAACCACCUUCACCACCUACCAGCUGCACGAACUAGAACGAGCCUUCGAGAAGAGUCACUACCCUGACGUAUACUCCAGGGAGGAACUGGCCAUGAAGGUGAACCUGCCAGAAGUCAGAGUGCAGGUCUGGUUUCAAAACCGUCGUGCCAAGUGGCGUCGUCAGGAGAAGAUGGAAGCGGCUCGUCUGGGUCUGUCGGAGUAUGGGGCGCCGGUCCCAAGACUCUCGGGGCUCGGUCUGCCCGUGGACCCCUGGCUCGCUCCACCGCUACUCACAGCACUACCUGGUUUCCUGAGUCACCCCCCGUCAGGUUACCCCUCGUACCUCACCCCCCCCGCUCCACCUCCUCAUACCCCUCACCCCCCACACACCCCACACACCAAUCAUCCCCCCACACCCUCGGACCCACGCUCGUCUUCCAUCGCCGCUCUUCGACUGAAGGCCAAAGAGCACGUGGAGAGCAUCAGUAAGGGGCUGACGAUGGUGUAGUUCGUCAAGACGCAGAGGAAACGCCCUGGAACUAUAUCAUAGAGCAGUCAUCUAGGUGUGCAGGUCCAGGUCUCUGUCUGUCAUAUAAAGGAGUUGUAUUUAUUUUAGUGUCAGUGAGUGUAGCUCCACGUCUCUGAGUUAACUUCAUAUAACUGAGUGUACGUUAUAAAGCAAUAACUGUAAAUAUAAUUAAGUGACGUAUAUAUUAAUGUUCCACUAACUCACACGACCCACGACGAGUCGGCCCCUUGAUUUAUUUAAGUAUAUUUGUUUACUAAUAAAGCAUCGCUCAUUAACUAUAACAUUAUUGUAAAUAUACUAUUAUUAUAAAUUGUUUUGUAGAACGCUGGUGACACACACACACACACAUGUAAAUAUAGAGUGUAUAUAAAAUAUUAGUAAUUUAUUAGAUUAUGUAAUGUUUCUAAUAUAUUUAAAAAAGGGAAAUUGCGUUUCCGAGAUGACUUUGUUUGGUUGACGACAAAGUUAACGAUAAACUAUAAUGUACAUGUAAAUACUGAGUGAAUGUUGUAGGUCAAUUAGUUUAAGAGAUACUGUAUACACGACGUACAUACAUAACGACAGAUUAAUAAAUGUGUUCUUUCAUA